AUGGAGCUUUCAUACCAGGCUAUGAAAAUCGCCCAUCAAGCCCGGGAGGCGGAUGAACUAAGGACUGAGACAAGGAGGAAGAGCCUCCUCAUCCUCAUUUACCAACACCUGCUGGGGCAAGGCUACGUAGCCGCAGCAGUGGCCUUGGACCAGGAGACUAAUGGAGGUGUGAGGAGGUUCGAGGUUUGCGAUAACAUCGAUCUAGAGAUGGUGCUGAUGGAGUACGAGAGCUAUCAGUACGUCAAGUUCCAGAAAUAUCCCAAACUCAUCAGGAGAGCAGCAGAACCAGGAGAAAGCAGAAAUGCAAGAAGUGGUGGAAUGAAGAGGAGUCCCUGUUCAGCCAGUAGGCCUCUCCCCAAAAUCAACCCGUCCCAGAGCCCGCAGUCUGGAAAAGGAGCCAAGAGGACAGCCUCGCAUGCAAAUGAGAAUGGUUCUUCUGUUCCUCCAGAGUCCUCAGAGUUUGGUCUCAACGUUUCCUCGUUCAGAAGUGGAGCUUGGGACGCAGACAUGAACAGAAAGGGCCAGGUGACUGACAGCAAAGAUUCAAGCCAUAAUGCUUUCAAAGGAGCUGGCAGUGACUCAGACCACAUGGAACGACUACUGAAGCCCCUCAGUGGCUUUUCUGGACUGAGUAGUGAGAUGAGUGAACUGGCUACAAUCAUCAGCAUGGACAUCUAUUUGCACAGCCCCAAUGUGCGGUGGGAGGACAUCAUCGGCCUGGAGGACGCAAAGCGAUUAGUCAAAGAGGCCGUCGUCUAUCCUAUCAAGUACCCCCAGCUGUUCACAGGCAUCCUGUCUCCGUGGAAGGGCUUGCUGCUCUACGGCCCCCCUGGUACCGGGAAGACGCUGCUGGCAAAGGCCGUGGCUACGGAGUGUAAGACAACCUUCUUCAACAUCUCAGCCUCCAGCAUCGUCAGCAAGUGGAGAGGAGUCUCUGAGAAACUGGUCAGGGUGCUGUUUGAGCUGGCCAGGUACCACGCCCCCUCCACCAUCUUCCUGGAUGAGCUGGAGUCAGUGAUGAGUCAGAGAGGGACCAGCACGGGAGGAGAGCAUGAGGGGAGUCGCAGGAUGAAGACUGAGCUGCUGGUUCAGAUGGACGGACUGGCGAGGUCAGAGGAUCUGGUGUUUGUACUGGCUGCCUCCAACCUGCCGUGGGAACUGGACCACGCCAUGCUGAGGAGGUUAGAGAAGAGGAUUCUCGUCAGUCUUCCCUCCUCGCCAGCUCGCCAAGCCAUGAUCUCUCAUUGGCUGCCUCCCGUUAGCUCCACAGGAGGGGUGGAGCUACGAACUGAGCUGGACUAUGAAACUCUGGCAAAGGGGAUGGAGGGUUACUCAGGCUCUGAUGUAAGACUGGUGUGUAAGGAGGCCGCCAUGAGACCAGUCCGCAAGAUCUUUGAUGCUCUGGAGUCACAUCAGGAAGGAGACACUGACAUGCCUGCCAUCCAGCUGGAAACUGUGACAACAGCUGACUUCCUGGAAGUCAUCAAGCACACCAAACCCUCGGCCUGUUACCUGAUGGACAAAUACGCAGCCUGGGAGAGUCAGUACGAGUCUGUCUGA